AUGCAUCGCCGUAGCUGUGCAGGAAAACCUGCUCCUCCGGCUGCUCCACAGCCUGCUCCUGUGAUGAAUCCCCCUCAAGCAGCCGUAAAUCAUUCUCCUCCUCCAGCUCCUGUCCAGGGUGAUGGAUCCAUGCUUGGAGGGAUUAUCUCCACAACUGCUCAAGGCAUGGCUUUCGGCACGGGUAGUGCUGAGGUUGCUCCUCAGGCGGUGGAUGCUGUUCUUGGACCCCGAACUAUUCAGCUUGAAACCCUAGCUUCUCAAGUUCCUGGAGCUGCUUCUGUGCCAAUGACACGAGCGAGCAUUGUUCCAUUUGAAGGAAAGCCAUACUUCACAGAUAUUCCAAAAAAAAUUCAUCAGUUUCUUCCACCAUCUUUAGCGUGGAUUGCACUUUGUUACGGAGGGAAGGAAUGGUUUGUUAAAUGGUACCCGAGUAUAAAGGUUAUAAGAGAUGGAUGGAAACAAUUUGUGAGUGAUAAUAAUUUAAUGAUUGGAGAUGGUUGUGUGUUUGAACUAAUGGAUAACAAAGAACUGAAGUUCAAAGUUCAGAUUCUCAGUGGAGAAUUACCAGCUACUAAAGUUGGAAGUAGCAUUAAUUCUUCCAUUAUUAUCGACUAA